AUGCCGAAAAAGCCUGCCAGAAACGCCUUUUAUUUCUAUAUGAAGGAGCUGGAACCUUCUUUGCGAAAGGAGGGAAGAGUGUUUCCGAAUGGCAUGGCAGAUGUUGUGCCUGUUGCACAUCCCAGAUGGAAAUCCCUGCCUGAAAGUGAGAAAGACAGAUUUGAGAGCAUGGCGAAAGAGUAUAAGGCAAGAAUGAGAGGGGUGGAAGGGGACAAACACAAGAUGGACAAUAUUGGUAACAUUAUCAGCAAACGGGUGAAUGUCAAUGAAGUAAAUGACAAGAGAAGACAAAGAGAGAGAAGGGAAGUCACAGCCAAAUGGACAGGAAAAGACAUUACUGAAGAAAAAUUCUAUUUUAUUGAUUUUCAGAUUCUCUGCAAAACUCAAAAUGGAGACUAUUUACCUUGUGAAAUGGCAAUAAUUGAAUACUCAUUAGCUCGCGGAAUUAUUAAGAAAUUCCACCGAUUUAUCGAACCGGGUCAAAUACCAACGGGCUAUCGUUACGGUUGUAUGAACAGCAGCGAAGAAACUCAUCAGAUUCCCAUAGAAAACUUUGAAAAGGCUGACAGCAACUACACAGGCAUUUGUAUUCAGAUCGAAAACUUUAUUAACCCUAAUGGAGAGUUGCCAGAGUAUCCUCCGUUUUACUGUGUGUUUACGGUUCGUGAUAAAGUGGAGUAUUGUCUAGAAUGGCUACAUGACAGGAGUCGUUUAGGACGGGUUAGUAGAACUAAGAAAGUUCACUGUGUUGAAGACUUGUUGAUGGAUCUCUAUGUACAUGGCAAUGGACCUAAAAUUUCCCAGAGUGGCUGUUUGGAUGUGUUAACUAGCCACCAUUGGGACUAUACUUCUAAAACACGUUGUGAAUUCCAUGAAGAGUUGGAGUGUAAAUUUUGUUCGUUGGCUAUCGUUCAAAGACUCGCUUACGCAAUUUCCGAUUCUUUAGCAGUUCUAUAUCAGAUUCGAUUAACAGAUAAACAUUUGCCGUCGACAGCAGACGAAGAUAUUCCAUGCGUCACUCUACCUCCAACCCCAAUUUAUCCAGAUCGAAGAUACGAACCUCCGCGUCACGAAUCUAGGAGUGUCAUGUCUCAUGGGCGGGGACAACGUAAUGAGGCAUCACGCCCCACUCCACAAUCUAGAGUCGUGGUAGAUGAUGAUGAUGAUGACAUUGAUGAUGAAGAAGAGAUGAAGACAAGUUUACGAAGACCCAAUGUAGCACCGAUGGGAUAUGGUGAUGGAAAUCCAUGGCAUACUGUUGGAAAACAAACUGGAAAUUCUGUUUCUGGAGCAGGGUGGCCAUCUUUAGGAAGUUCAAAACCUGGAAAUGUCAAUCCUAAAACUCCUUCAUCUUGGCAAAAUGGACUAGGACCAGGAGCUGGUGUAAAUGACAAAAUUUUUGGUCAAUCAAAUAUUCCAUUACAGAGAGAUAUGAUAGCACCAGGUGCCAACAGUGGUCAAAUGGCUCCAAGAAUGCCAACAUCUUCCAUUAGAGCCAUGAUGCGUCCAUUAGGACCUCAGUCCACUGGAAUACAGAGUCCAGGAUUUUCAAUGCGAGGAGUGCAAAUGACAGGAAGGAUGCCAUCAUCCCUGGGAAUGGCUGGGCGUGGCAGCAAUUUAAUGGGUGGGUCCGUCCGACCCCCUGUAGGAAGAGGAUAUGCUCCCCCAGGAAUGCUCAAAAUGCAGAAUCAGUUAAGAAAUACUUCAAUAAGUGAUGAAUAA